AGCUAGGGGUCGAGUGCACAAACCGUGUGCGCCCAACAGCAAACUAAACCCAACGAAGACCAACCCAUCACUCUCAUGAGAAACCGCGUACAUGCAAAAGAGAGGCGCAAAAAUAAUAAAUAAAUAAAUCUCCCUCAACCCUAUAAAACCCCAAACCUAAAUCUCUCAUCCUACGUUCAACACCCUCACGCUCUGUUCUGCCUUCACCACCCUCACCGUUCUCAAAAUGCCGAAACACAAGAAUCCGACACGUGCACUGGCCGCCCGUGCUUGGCGCCUCCUCCGCCUCGCCUUCAACCGUCUCAGGUCCCUCUGCACCGAUCACCGCCGCCGCUCCUCUAGACUGCAUUAUGGUGAGCACGAGCUUUCCUUCGACGAGACCCCAAUCUUUCGGUUCAUGAGGAAGCAUCCACAUCCAUUUCGUUCGUGCGCUGAUUCAAGGUUGGACAGUCUAUAUGAUGAUGGAGAAGAUGACGACACUGGCAGCUGUGAUCCUAGUCAAAGUAGAAUAGAACGCGAAGUGGAUCGCGGUGAUGAAGGAGAGAUCGAUGUCAGGGCCGAAGAGUUCAUAUCGAGGUUUUACGGCGAGAUUAAGCUUCAGAGGGAGAGGUCUUGGUUGAGAUACAAUGAGAUGCUCUAUAGGGGCAUGAGUUGAUUAAUUGGAACGGUGUGAAAAAGUGAUGACUAUAGAUUUUUUUUUUUAAUUCUAUUUUUCCAUUUUUAUUUGGCAUCGAUCAACAUUUUCACCAAUAAAUUAACCGACAAGGGUUCACAUGGA